UCGAACCAUCCAAGUUCAACGGCACGUUUGGAGAAAGAGGACAUACAUCGUUCAUUGGCUUCGAUCGUUUCAAUAAGCAAUCGUCAGUGAGUGCACUUUCUUGAACAAUGAACGAUUAUAUUUGCUUCGGGUUGCUACUUGUGAGUUUUGUUAGUGUCUCAUUUCAAGUGUCACAAGCGCAAUCAAUUAGUUCAAUAAACUCCUGGAUUCCAUUCGUAGUAAGUUUAGAAAACGAAGGUGGCCAGUUCUGUUCCGGGGCUGUCGUCGGGACGCUGUGGAUCAUCACCGAAGCCAGUUGCAUAUGGCAACAACAUCCAUCUGAAUUUUCAAUAGGUAUUCCAUCUCAAAGCAACGAGUCGAUCGGCGGUUACCAUGAGAAAGUGAAAGAAUCCUACAUUCAUCCAAAGUACGGCCCAUCUGCUCCUUUGGAAUCCAAUAUUGCACUUCUAAAACUCAGAAGGCCUAUAGUUUCGGAUAACAGUAUUGUUUCAAUUGAGAUUGUAAAGGAUCAACCGUAUGGAGAAGAGAUACGGAAAUGUUUGUUAGUUGACUGGUUUAAACUUCGAAAUCCUGAAGCACAAGUGCAAUACCUAGAGUUAAGAUACUCGGAUGAUUGCGCAAAUAAUUCAACUCUUGGCCUUUGUGUAUCCAAACACGGAAAGAGUCUAUGUGAGUUUCACAGCGGAAGUCCACUGAUCUGUCAAAAAGAAAACAUUUUUGAGCUGGCGGCGAUUCUAGCAAGGAAGGAGCAAUGUUCUAAUGCAAAUUCGUGGAAGGCGUUUCUGGAUGUAACACUACAAGUCGAUUGGAUCAAUGGCGUCAUGUCUGGAAAUAUUGAUCACAUUCUCGCAACAACGAAAAAGGAAAACUAUUCGAUGAGACUUUCCCAGUUCAAUUGGAUGAUUGUGGCGAUCUCGUUUUUCAUUUUAAGUGCCACCAUAUUUAUAAAAGUUCUGAAAUCUGGUUUUAAAAUGCGUUAA